UAGAUCGUAAAGUCACGGCUCAGUUAAAUGUCAAACAGACAAAACACCAACAGGUUUUUCUUUUAGGGUCGAUUUAGGUUUUUGUUUCAACAUUCGAGAAAAAGCGAAGCAAAGGAUAAAGAAGAAACAUUUGGAUUACCUCAAAUGACUACCGUUUCUAUGAGGACUCUUUCGGAUCGUAAGGAACGAAGACGAUUUCUGACGCGGAAAGGACGAAUGUGAUGGCAAUGUUUGUUUAAAAACAUCACCAGCUUGGGAAAUUUGAGCGAGGAUGACCGCGACCAUGAGGAAGCUGAAACAGGUGCUGUGCGUCCUGCUGCCGUGUGCUCUCCAACUCUGCAGCGCGCAGACACAAGGAGUGGCCGUUUGUCACGGCACCAAAAACAUUCUGAGCACGACGGGAGACUCGGAGGUCCAGUACAACCUGAUGAAGGACAUGUACACGGGCUGUGAGAUCGUGAUGGGCAACCUUGAGAUUACCAUGAUGGAUCACACCAGAGACUUCUCCUUCCUGCGGUCUAUCAGGGAGGUAACAGGCUACAUUCUUUUGGCCGUCAACGAGUUUCGCCGUCUGCCCCUCGACCACCUGCGCGUCAUCAGGGGCACCGCGCUGUAUGAGGACAAGUACGCGUUGGCCGUGAUGGUCAACUACCAGAAGGGCGGGCAGUACGGCCUGGAAGAACUGGUCCUCGCACGCCUCACAGAGAUACUGGAGGGAGGAGUCAAGAUAAUCCAGAAUAAGUACCUGAGCUACGCCCCGCAGGUGAACUGGAUGGACAUCGUGAAGGAUGGAAGUGCUCAAAUUGUGAUUGAGGACAAUGGGCCUCAAAAGCGUUGUAAUGAAGCAUGUGGAGACCUUUCAUGUUGGGAUUCCGGAAACGACACGUGCCAGAUCUUGACAAAGACUGUGUGCGCCGCUCAGUGUAACAGCCGAUGCUUCGGUAGGGACCCAAACGAGUGCUGUCACAUCGAGUGUGCUGGAGGCUGCACUGGACCCCUGGAUACAAAUUGCUUUGCAUGCAGGAACUUCAACAACUCGGGCGCCUGCGUGCCUCUGUGUCCCCAGACCCUAAUCUACAACAAGCACACGUUCAAACUGGAGCCCAAUCCCAAUGCCAAGUACCAGUAUGGUUCCAUCUGUGUGGCCCAGUGCCCUUCUAACUUUGUGGUGGACGAAAGCUCCUGCGUCAGCAACUGCCCGUCUGAAAAAAUGGAGGUGGAGAAAAAUGGAGUGAAAAGAUGUGAACCGUGUGGAGGCCUCUGUCCAAAAGCUUGCCAUGGCACAGGAAGUUUUUCCAGACAGACAGUAGAUGCCCUUAACAUCGACAGUUUCAUAAACUGCACUACGAUCCAGGGCAGUCUGCACUUUCUGGUGACGGGGAUUGAAGGGGAUGAGUACAACAGUGUGCCAGCUCUCGAUCCAGAGAAACUAAAGAUCUUCAACACUGUUCGGGAAAUUACAGACAUCCUAAGCAUCCAGUCAUGGCCUAAAAACUUGCCAGACCUGUCAGUCUUCUCCAACCUCCAAACCAUCCAGGGGAGAACACUUAACAAAGGAAUGAGCUGUAAAAGGUGCUACUCUCUUCUGGUGAUGAAGAUCCCUUCCUUGACUUCGCUGGGGUUACGCUCGCUGCAAAAGAUAAACGACGGUGGCGUCUACAUCACGGGAAACAAGAAGCUCUGUUACCAAAGCACCAUUAACUGGACGAGCAUCUUGACCGGCGGCUCUCGCUCACAGCGGCGCCUGAGGAAUAUCAAGAUCGAGGUCAACAGACCGCCAGACGAGUGCAUUGUUGACGACCAAGUGUGUGACCCCCUGUGCUCCUCUGAUGGCUGCUGGGGGCCGGGGCCAAACCUGUGUAUGUCGUGUAGGAAGUACAGCAGGGGAGGAACGUGCGUGCCAGACUGCACGUUCUUAACUGGGGAGAGGCGGGAGUUUUCCACUCAAUCGGGGGAGUGUAUGCCAUGUCACCCUGAGUGUAAGGUCCAGGAGGGGAAGCAGACCUGCACAGGCCCGGGAGAGGAUCAGUGUGUUGCAUGUGCCCACCUGCAGGACGGUCCACACUGUGUCCCCGUGUGUCCUGAGGAUGUGAUGGGAGGGGAAGGAGUUAUCUUUAAAUACCCCAACAAGCAAGGCAGCUGUGAACCCUGCCACAUCAACUGCACCAAAGGAUGCGACGGACCAGGAAUAGGAGACUGUUUGGGGACCUCCCGGGAAAUGUCUUCACAAGCGACCACAGGCAUCGCCCUUGGAGUGAUCGCUUUUCUCUUUACUUCAUUCUCUGUUUUUGUGCUGACUGUUCUGUACCGACGAGGUCUCGCCAUCCGUCGCAAGCGAGCCAUGAGGAGAUACAUGGAGAGCGGAGAGAGUUUUGAACCUCUGGACCCCGGAGAGAAAGGGUCAAAGGUCCACGCUCGGAUCCUAAAGACGUCAGAGCUCCGUCAGAUCAAGCUGCUGGGUAAUGGAGUGUUCGGAUCAGUGCACAAGGGCAUUUGGAUUCCUGAGGGCGAUACGGUGAAACUUCCCGUGGCUAUAAAGACGAUUCAUGAUCGCACCAAGCGGCAGACCUUCCAUCAGCUGACAGAUCACAUGAUGACCAUUGGAAGCAUGGACCAUAUCAACGUAGUCAGGACCCUGGGUAUCUGCCCCGGGGCCAGCUUGCAGAUCGUCACCCAGCUCAGCACCCAGGGAUCCCUGCUGGAGCACGUCAGGAACUCCAAGAACAAACUCAGCCCACAAAGGCUGCUCAACUGGUGUGUUCAAAUCGCAAAGGGCAUGUAUUACCUGGAGGAGAACAGGAUGGUGCACAGGAACCUGGCCGCGAGAAAUGUACUCCUGAAGAAUAAUUACACAGCACAGAUCUCAGACUACGGCAUUGCAGACCUGCUUUACCCUGAUGACAAGAAGUACUUUUACAAUGAGGUCAAGACACCAAUCAAAUGGAUGGCCCUGGAAAGCAUCUUGUUUCGCAGAUACACACAUCAGAGCGAUGUCUGGAGUUACGGUGUGACAGUAUGGGAGAUGAUGUCCAAUGGGGCUGAGCCGUACACUGCGAUGCGUCCACAGGACGUUCCUGAUCUAUUGGAAAAGGGCGAGCGUCUGUCUCAACCUCAAAUUUGCACCAUUGACGUCUACAUGGUCAUGGUCAAGUGUUGGAUGAUUGAUGAGAAUGUCCGUCCAACAUUCAAAGAGCUGGCAAACGAAUUCACCAGAAUGGCCAGAGACCCGCCUCGCUACCUAGUGAUCAAAGAGCCCAACGAUCAACAGGACUCGGCCCCGGAUGAUCUUGGACAUCGAAGUGCAGACCUGGAUGACCUGGAUGAUCUCGACUUUCAGCUAGAGGACCAAGAGGAGGAGGAGGUGGAUGGUGUGACUGCAGCCCCUCACAGGAGACUAAGUCGCUUAUCCCGGAUAGACACUCACAGAGUGAUUAUUUCUCCAUCAAACGGGGAGGGUUACCUGCCCAUGACCCCAGGUGUUGGCAACCCAGCACAGGCCACAUGGCAGUCGCGCUCUCGACUCAACUCAGCCCGGACCGUGUCUGAGAGCUCGGAGGGCUGCAGCACAGCAGUUGAGCUGGAGAUGAUAGAGGCGGGGAGCCUCAAGACACGGCGUCAACGUGAGGACAGUGCUUACAUCUCGCAGAGAGGCAGCUUGUCCGGCGGCCCGCCAGAAACUCCAUCACCAGAGAUGGAGGAAGAGGAUCAGAAUGGUUAUGUGCUUCCCAGAGACAGUCCUGAGAGAGAUACCCUACUUUCCCCAUCUCGUGCCGGUACUGGUAGGAUGGGCAAGUCUCAUUCGUCGUGCCUCCUCGACGACCCCGAUGAAGAAGAGUAUGAGUACAUGAACAAGCAGAAAUUCGUAAAAGCCUCACCAAGGCAUAACAGUCACUGGCCGAGGCCGAACAAGAAGCGCACCUCCUCCACAUCGUCACAAGUGACUGCGUGCUCAGGUGACACCACGUCGUCCGUGGAGGUCAGAAGCAUUCACAACUCUGAUUCAGAGCAGCAGGAAUCUAAUGAAGUUGAAUAUGAAUACAUGGACACCAGGGGUAAUGAAAAUGAUGAAAGCCCUGCGGUGCCUGACACUCCUCCUCCUCCUCCAACACAAGCAAGGAUGGGUGGAGAAGGGGAGGAGGAGGAGGACAAUGAAGAGGAGGAUGAAUAUGUGGAGGACAGUAACUACCACUACACAAACAGACAGCCGAAGCUGCGUCAAGCUCUUCGAGACAAGAAGGAGCUGAAGAUAGAGGGAAGGGAAGAGGACGAAGCGUAUGAGUACGAGGACAUGGACUCCUUUGCUGCCUUACGGCCCGGAGAAUCUGUGGUGUACCACAACCUGCAGAGAGACGGGGAAGGAGCAGUAGGGGGCACAAAGCCACUUCAAUCGGGGUUUGAAUCCUACGUAAAAGUGCAAACUGGAGUCAGGGUUGGCGAACCUCCAGCUGGCGACAGAUCUUUUGACAAUCCAAACUACUGGCACAGCAGGAUGUUUCUAAAAUCCAACGCAGUGCCAACAUGAAGAACCUUUUAAAUAUGACUUCCCUGUGAGACAUGUUAAUAAUGUAGCAUAUGGCAGAAUUACAAAAAAACAACAUGCUUGACUUUUCGACAGGCUCUUAUUUCUUGUAUUAUAUGAUUUGGGGGUUUUUCCAGAAGUAAAAGCACUCAGUGUUGAAAAACACCAACAGAAUUGAACAGAAAACAAGCUAUAUUUUUCUGUUUGCAUUAAGCAAUGAACAAAACUUUUAAUUUUCAGAACAAAUGUGUUUGACUUUUUAUGUUACGAGACCUCCUAUGAUAACGGUGUAUGUCAUACAUUUUUUAC